CACAUGUCCGGGGAUAAGGAUAAAACUCAGUAUCCUUUCCCCCACUAUCUCUUCUAUGUCGACACCUUACAAGCCAGUUUCAGUUUUAGCCCCAGAAAUAUAUUUUGACUUCACCAACAGUUUUUUUUUUUUUUCUUGAAUUAUCCAUUUAUUUAAAAUAUAUUCCACGUCAGACAUUCCGUAAAUAUUCCAUUUCUUCAGCUUCAUACACAGGCACACACGUAUAUAUAUAAACCCCCUUUUGGGCCCUCAAAAAGUGGACAACACACACUUUCUCAUUUUCUCCUAACAAACUUUCAGUACUUGCAGAGAGAGCAAACAUGGUGUCUUGGGUUAGAGGCAAGUGCCUUGGCAGAGGUUCGUUUGGUACUGUGAAUAUAGCCGUCGACAGACUAAACGGCAACGUUUUUGCGGUGAAGUCAGUUGAUCGGAACGCCUGUCACCCGUCUCAAGUCGAGUGUUUAGAGAACGAAAUCAGAAUUCUUCGUUCGCUUUCUUCCCCUUACGUUGUCAAGUAUCUCGGUGACGAUGUUUCAUACGAGUCUCCGACGACGUCGUACAGAAAUCUUCACUUGGAGUACUUACCCGGUGGCACCGUGGCUGAUGCUGACGUGGCGACCUACGUGGACGAGAAGAUUUUACGGUCACACAUCUUCUGUAUAGUCUCAGCGUUGAGGUACUUACAUUCUCUCAACAUCGUUCACUGUGAUGUUAAAGGGAAGAACAUUCUCGUUGGUCCGAGUUCAAGUUUUUGUAAACUUGCCGAUUUCGGCUCUUCCAAGGAGAUUGACAACUCCGGCGGUCCUGUCUUGCCACGUGGAAGCCCACUGUGGAUGGCGCCGGAGGUGGUACGAGGAGAGUACCAGGGACCGGAAAGUGAUGUUUGGUCUCUGGGUUGCACAAUUAUCGAGAUGGCAACCGGAAGACCCGCCUGGGAGGAUUUCGGUGGCGAGACGCUGAGUCGAAUCGGGUUCUCUAAGGAGCUGCCGAUUUUUCCGGUUCAGUUAUCGGAAUUGGGUCAUGAUUUCGUCGAAAAGUGUUUGAGAAGGGAGCCGAGUGAGCGGUGGAGCUGUGAUCAGCUCUUACAGCAUCCGUUUUUACAAUCCGUAAAUAAAACAGUAAAGAUUACAGAGUCAUCUCCGCGUUGCGUGCUCGAUUGGGUCAACUCGGAGUUCCAAGAAGAAGAAGAAGAAUUGGAUUAUGAGAAUUGCGAAAGUUCUGCCAGGGAAAGGCUCGGAAAAUUGGCAAGUUCACCAGGGGCAAUUUGGGAAUCAGACGGUUGGGUAGCGGUAAGAGAUUACGAGGAAGAAGAAGAAGCAGCAGCAGCAGCAAAGGGGACAAGGAGGGAAUAUCCGAAUGUUUUGGGGAGUGAAGAGCCAAAGGCGGCAACAGGGACAAGUUGGGUAAUUGACGUAAGGGCAAACUCGGAAAGUAAAAAUAUUGGUGGUUGUGAGUUUGGGUGCGGUGGUGAAUCUCGGAGGUGUAAUGGAGAAUGGCAAAAGGUUGAAUUAGCGGUGGUGACCGGACAGACGGGAAUAUACAAAAUGUGUAAUUCAUUAUUAUUAUUAUUAUGUUUGAAAAUAUUCAGAUAUAUUAUAAAUGUUUAUAUUUAUUAUAUUCUUUACCCUUUAUCCAUGGCCUCAAAAAAUUCAAUUCACUUACAUGUGAAUUGAACCAAUUCAAUUUCG